AUGUACGUGAGCGAACGUGAGAUGAGCCGGCGGCUCGCAGGGCCACUGUCUGCAGCAGUUCAUUGUGUGUGGCAGCAGGCGGGCACGUCGCCCCAGUCGGUUUUUAUAUAGACAGACAGAGAGCAACAGAGCGCGCGAGAGUGCGCGCGGCAGAAAAAAGCGAGUAUGUGCACGACAUGCAGGCGUGAUGCAUAGAGUCAGAUACACAGAGCAAAGCGGCAUUUGCAGUUUUAUUCGUGAGGCAGUGUCACGCGGAAUUCAAAAGAGGAGCAAAAAAUUACCAUUAACAAAACUUAAUAUAUAUUUACAAAAGUUGACGCAUUCUCUCCGAAUCAUUCCGCGGCAUCUCGAUAUUUAACGAAAGCAUCAUUUUUUCUUCUUUUUAUCAAUAAAAGAAAAGCGAGGAAUUAAGAGCCUGCCGACGAAAUCGUGGGAGCGUGCCCCGGCCAAUGAAAGGCAGGCACCGUACCCCAACGCGACGAGAAGAGUGGCCGCGUUCCGUGGGAGUCAUUUAAUCAUCAUUUUCUACUUGCUCUCUCGUGACUGGUGUGCUGCGAGAACGGCGAGGGAAACUGAGAAACUCGCAAUCAAUAACGAGUGGAUUGGUCACGCGUGGGGGGGUCUUACCAUUUUUAUCUUAAGAUAUAUCCGCACCUACCACCAAAUAUAUCUGUAACUAAAAAAUCGCACCAAAAAGCAUACUUUGGAAAUAUUUAUACUCUCUGGAUUAUUUAAAUUAACUUGGAACAUUUUUUGGAGAUUCCACUGUAUUCCUACAUCAACGCGGUCUUGGCUUUUGAGCGAUAUUUUUGUCUGGCGUGCACUUUUUAACUUAAGGUGGUGUAAUUGUGAGGCCCUCUCUGAAGCUUUUUCGAUAGCAUCGGGGGCGAAGACCACACGGGAGUGGGGGAACUGUAGCAGUUUGAGCUGCUGAAGGUGGCGGGCAACGUCUAGCGACGGAGCGGCUUUGGAAAAAAUAAACCAGACAUGCCAUCAGUGAUGGAGCGUUCCAGUUCGGGAAUCCUGUCUCGGAGUAGAGCCAAGCAUUCCAGCAAUGGUCACAGCCAGCAUUCUGAAGAGGAGAGCAGUGAAGAUGAGCAUUCUCAUGACAGCAUGAUCAGAGUUGGGGGUGAUUAUCAAGCAGCAAUCCCAGAAUGUAAACCAGAGAGCCCUGCUCGAUUCAGCGACAAGGAGCCCAAAGGAAUGCUUGUAUGGUCUCCCAACAACAUUGUUUCAGAUGCUAAAUUGGAUGAAUAUAUCCUGAUGGCGAAGGAGAAACAUGGCUACAAUAUGGAGCAGGCACUUGGGAUGCUCUUGUGGCACAAACAUGAUGUGGAGAAGUCUCUGGCCGACUUACCCAACUUCACCCCCUUCCCAGAUGAGUGGACAGUGGAGGACAAGGUCUUGUUUGAGCAAGCUUUCAGCUUCCAUGGCAAAUGUUUCCAGAGGAUCCAGCAGAUGCUACCUGACAAGAUGAUGCCAAGUUUGGUGAAAUAUUACUAUUCCUGGAAGAAGACUCGAUCCCGUACAAGUGUUAUGGAUCGGCAGGCUCGCAAGCUAAUCAGCAAGAAGGAAAAAGAAGACAGCAGUGAUGAGAUGAAGGAUAGCAAUGUGGCCAGUGACAGUGAUUUUGAAUCGGAGACCAAAAAAGAGAUCAGUCUCCAGAAGCAGCCUAAUAUUGCAUGCAAAAUUGGUCCUAUCAGGAAGGAGCCACAGAACUCUCAAUAUCGGCAUCACCCUCUUCGCUCUCGUCGGCGCCCACCAAAGGGCAUGUAUCUGAGUCAGAAGGAUAUUGCAGCUCUUUCUGCCAACCCAGACAUUGCAACUUUAACAUUAAGGCAGCUGGACUCGCAGCUUAUAUCCCUGAAAAGACAGGUGCAGCACAUCAAACAGAUCAACAGUAGCCUGAAACUCAACUUGGAACAAGGAAUAGAGAAGCUGCGGCCCUUGGAGGGAAACCCCAAGUUGAACUCUCGGUGGACCACAGAUGAACAACUUCUAGCAGUGCAGGCAAUUCGAAAGUAUGGGAAAGAUUUUGCAGCAAUUGCGGAGGUGAUUGGUAACAAGACAGUGGCACAAGUUAAAUCGUUCUUCGUCAGCUACAGACGGCGCUUCAAUCUGGAGGAAGUGCUGCGUGAGUGGCAGGCAGAGCAGGAAAUUCAGGGUAAUACUGCAAAUUUAUCCUCCCUGGAUGACAACAAGAGCUCAGGAGCUGGUUCGUUGGCCAGCAGUGAAGAAGAAGAUGAGGUACAGAUUACUGGGGUGUCCACCCCAUCUUCCAACAACACUUCUCCAGCCAGUACAGGGGCUGGUGCACCACCCACCCUGUCCCAGCCCCCCCCUUUAUUGCGCCCCAGCUUGCCUUCUGCUCCCACACUUCUCCGCCAGCCACCUCCUCUUCAGCAAGGAAAGUUUCUGCAGGCCAGGACAGCUCUGAAUCAGCCCCCUCCGCCUUUAAUCCGACCUGCAGUGGCAGCUGCUCGACAGCAGGGACCGGCUCGCUCUUCCUCGUCCAACAGUGUUACUCAUCUCCCACCCUCACUCAUUGGCUUACAGGUGGAUCCCCCCAGUCACAGCACACACUGAUGAUGAGAUUGUGAGAAGAGAGAGGCUGGGCUGCACUGCAGUGACCCAAGGCUACAGAAUAAUGCAGGCAAGACUCUCUUGCUUUUAAAGUUGAUUCCAGCAGCAGGUGUGCCGUUGCUCCUGUUGCAGUAACGUAGCUGUUUCUUAUUUUUUUUUUCUGGGCAUUUUCGAGUGCUGAACUCCUCUUUCAUGUACAGCUGUGAGUGGAAGGCCUCAAGCCUUUUUCCUUCACUGACAACACUGAACCUGCACUGACUUUUUAAUUUUAUGGCAAGCAAGUCGUAUGGGGACUCCUUAGCAACAAGCUACUGGAAGCACCAUAGCAACCAAGGAACAUUUUAUGGGGAAAUGUUAGCAAGCUUGUGGGAGUGGCCUUGGGGGACACACACCGUCUCCGUAGCAACAUGCCCUACACCAACCCUGCCCGAAGAUGCAGAGCAUGUCUGUCCUGGCAACGAGAGUGCAUAUGCUGGCAGUGUAGCAAGUCAGUGCAUGAAGCACGCUGCCAUCUCAGGGUUUGUUGCAUUGACAACACAAAUAGGGACGAAGCUCCAGUUUCUGUAGAUCCACUGAAAUUCUAGCUAGAUGUGAACAAAGAAGAGCACAGUCCAAAAACGAGGACCUGGAAUAAGGCAGGAUUAUCAAAUAGUUUUCAAAUUCAUACUGGCAGUAGUAUGGUGCCCAGCAGAAACCCAACGUGUUGUGGCCCAAAUGUGACCCCCAGUCUGCAUGAAAGAACAUCCAGGCGAAAAAACAAAAAGGAAAGCCGAGACGUUAUAACACACCUCAGAUUGUCAAACACUGGCAUAAAGAAGACCAACGUACCAAACGUGAAUGGGGCCCCUCGUAAGCGAGAGCUCGGCCGCUCAGUUGGCUUCCUGCUUAUUCAGUUCAGUAAGGCCCACCUCGGCUUUUUGGUUUUGACGCGACUGACUUUGACUGAAAUGUCGCAGGCUGUGGUGCAGAAAAGCUCACACGAUUCCUCCCUCGUUCCCAACAAUGUCACAUUGUGGUCACUCCGCAUUAUAUGGAGUCUCAGUGAUGUGGCCGCUUUUUUUUUUUUUUUCUUUUCUAGUUCACUCCAGGACGCUGGGGCACAACAUCAGCCGAGGCCGUUUAAAGCAAAGUGACAGCGAAUUUGCCAAUUAAAAUAAACGCUGAAAAAGUUGAGGGGGUGGAUGUGACCUGCAGGGUCCUGAAUGUCAUUUGUCAGAGCGAAAAAAAACAAACGCUGAACCGAGUGAUUGACAGUAGCACUAGCGACUGCUGCCACGGCUCGAGUUUCUUUUGUAGGUUAAGCUGGGCUUUCAUUUCUUAAACCGACUUAAAAAAGGAGCCAAGUAAUCUUUCGAUAUUUUACCGUCUUUGCAGUGCCUCAAAAUGAAAAGGAUGUGCAACUUUUUAUUAAUUUGACGACCUUCCUGGGAUAAAGACACGGAUUUUGCUUUGGAUGAGAUCCUCGUGUUAAAUGGCCGAGCACUCGCCUUUACAAAGAGUUGUCGUGCCACUUGGUUGGCGCAGCUUGGCAGGAUUGCUUGAAGGCAGAAGGCGGUCUAAUUGUGUGCCAUCAUUCUGUCUGCCUCGUUUCUUUGAACUAGCACCACAUCUUCCCUCUGCCAAAAAAACACUAAUCAAAUACGUCUAGUCCAGACACGAAGGCUGCGCUCGGCCGACUCGACUGUAGCCUGAAGGUUAACAGUAUGGCUGCUUUUCUUUUUAUUUCCUUUUCUUUUAAGCAGCCAUUACAGAUCAAUUUUGCUGGCUGACCGGAGUACGUGUAGAUUGAGCACCACCACCAGCACAUGUGCAUUUCAACGUGUGAAGCACUGACACUUGUCUUUCCAUAUCGGGUUACUUAUACAUGGAGGCCAAAUUAGGUGGCCAUUUUGAAAUGUCGGUCCCUAAUUGUGUGUUCGUGUUCUUCUGAACCUUCUAAUAGUCCUGCCUAUUGCUUUAUCUUGAUUGUUGGAACAGACUGCCUGCUUCAUUUUGACUGAUGGAGAAGCCUUAGUUAGUCAGACUGCGGCAAAGAUGCAUCUUCUUUAAACAGAGCCUGCCCAAAACGAUAGGACAUGACGUACAUUAAUAAAUAUUACAGAUAGAAAGGACGUUGUGUGACCGCAGAGACGUAACGAGCAGGACACUUGGAUUAGCGAUUCUUUUUAGUGGUGAUAACCCACAGUUGGGCUGUUUUUCAUUUUGAACUCUCGGAUGAUCGGCCGCAAGCUUUGUCCUUUUGGGACGAAUGGUGAUAACAAAGUUUUGCACCUUUUCUUUGGAGCAAACACGUUUUUGAUAAUGCCGUUAAGCACUUGGAGCCACUCGUUUCGAUGAGAUGUAGCACAUAAGAACAUUCCCCCAAGUGAGAAACUGGAAGUUAAUUUAACAAGAGAUUUAUUCACAUGUGAUACAGACUCGGGGUAAAUGCAAGAAAGAACGCCAUGUGCUCCAUCUUGACUCCUGUUGUCCGUCUUCCCGCUUGGCACCGGUGGUUCUGAUUAGAGAGUUUGUUAAGCUAACCAGUAGCCAGUGGCGAAGAGUAAGCAACCAACAUGACGGGGCUCCUGCUGAUUAUAAAUUUACAACUUGACGUUUUAGAUGUCAUUAGCUCACUAUUUAUUGUCUUUAACAAAUUGGUGCUAUCAGUCAUGGACUCCAUCUCGGCUUCCAGAUGUGAACAAAAAGGUAAAAGUGACGAGCGAUGACGAAGAAAGAAGCAAACGAGUCCUUAACAUUCUAAUUUGUUGUCUUGUAGAAGAAUAGGAAAGUAAAACGACUCCAGGCCGGUGUAUUGCUUGAAAAGUUUUAUUCCAUUGUUGCCUUUGUUUAACUGCAGCCUAAACAUAUGUUGAAUUAUUUUUUCAAUUUUAUAAUAGCAUUAGUGGAGAAAACACUUUUUUUUAAGUUAUUACUGUACGUACGCGUGUGUGUUUCGUUUAGAUUUUCCCCCUAAAUAGUGAAUUUUAAAGGAAAAUGUAUUUUUUUUAUUUCCUUAAUGGUUUUGUAGUGUGUUGAAGAUCCUAGUUUCUGACGAUGUUUCUUAGAAAUUUUCAAUAAAAGUAUUUUACUACACAA